AGGUGGCGCGCGAACCACAGCGCGCAGAGGACGCGCAGCCCGCACCGGGCCCGCCGUGAUUAGCUCCAGCGGCGCGACCCGAGAGGGCGGACUCUUUCUUCACCCCUGUGGUCUCCUCCUCCCUCUGCCUUUUUAAAGGACGCUGGCAGGCAGAACUGUCAGCAACCUAGAGGCUGUUUGUACUUGGCUGCUGCGAGGGUGUCUCCAGCUCUAGUGACAGACAGGGGUGGGGGACCUGCACGUGGGGAACCACUUCUCGGUCCUUUGGGCUCCGCUCCGGACCCGGCGACAGCCACAAGUCAGGACGCUGCGCCGCCCUGGAGGUGGCGGCCCGGGGCGCGAUGGCUCCCGUGAGGCGUGGGGAGGGAGGUGGCCGGGGACUUGGCGCUCCGCUUGCGCCAGGAGCUCAAUGAGCCCGGCAAAGGGCAGCAGCAGCAUUCCUACAACAGGGCUCCUUCGGCGGGCUCCCGCCACUCGCCCCCUAGCACCAUGCUGACCUCUGGCCUGCAGAGCCCGCGGCGCAGCCCCUGCUGCCUCUCCGGCCCCUGCUAACCCUCGCCGAAGCGGGCGCUGCGCCCCGAGGAAGGCGGAACCGUGGUACACCCCGAGCGCCCCAGCUGCGCAACCCUCCCGGAGCCCCAGCUGAGAGUCCCUUCCGGCCGCCCAGGGCGCGCCGCGGCGAUGGGGAGGCUGCUGGCUCUCUGUCUCCUCCUGGGCUGGCUGCGCUGGGACCCAACGGUCGCCCAGCAGCCCGGGGAGUACUGCCACGGCUGGGUGGACGUGCAAGGCAACUACCAUGAGGGUUUCCAGUGCCCAGAGGACUUCGAUACGCUGGACGCCACCAUCUGCUGCGGGUCCUGCGCGCUCCGCUACUGCUGCGCUGCGGCCGACGCCAGGCUGGAGCAGGGAGGCUGCACCAACGACCGUGGCGAGCUGGAGCACCCCGGCAUCACCUCGCAGCCUGUCUACGUCCCCUUCCUGAUCGUCGGCUCCAUCUUCAUUGCAUUCAUCAUAUUGGGCUCCUUAGUGGCCAUUUAUUGUUGCACCUGUUUGAGACCCAAGGAGCCCUCCCAGCAGCCAAUCCGCUUCUCACUCCGCAGCUAUCAGACGGAGACCUUGCCUAUGAUCUUGACCUCCACGAGCCUCAGGGCACCUUCCCGGCAGUCCAGCACAGCCACCAGCUCCAGCUCCACAGGUGGUUCCAUCCGCAGGUUCUCUUUUGCCAGGGCCGAGCCAGGCUGUCUGGUACCCUCACCACCCCCACCUUACACCACGAGCCACCCAAUCCACUUGACCCAACCAUCAGGUUUCCUUGUGUCACCCCAGUAUUUUGCUUAUCCUCUCCAGCAGGAGCCCCCGCUACCUGGGAAGAGCUGUCCAGACUUCAGUUCCAGUUGACAGUACAUGGCCACGAAGCCACUGUGUAGUCAGUGGCAGACAGAUGGAGCACUGUUGCUGUUGCCACACCGAGAUUUCCCUUGCAAGUGCUUAUCAUCGUGGAAAAAAGCUAGGAAGAUACAGUGCCUUCUAGUCUUAAGGUUCUUAGCUCCAGUCAGAAGGUUUGGCUUUGCAAAUAUGGUGACCAUUCCAUUUCAGUUUAUGCCACUUGGAUGUAAAAUGCACAAGAGUUUGACUUUAAAGUUGCAGACUGGCUGAAAACUCAGCUAGCUAUACUGCCUAGAAGAGGGAUACAUGUUGCUUUUUAUGUGUUUAUCGAGUUAGAACCCAAAUAUAUAAUAAAUAAGAAAAGAAAUACCUAAUUGUAAUUAUGAAAGGUUCACUUAAAAAUUAACUACUAAGUAAACUUGAGGGGUCAAGGAACCACCUAUUUAUAACUUUGGGAAUAACCUAGCCAUAAAUAACAUUAGCAUGAUGAGAACAUUUACUUUUUAAAUUAAUAACUAGAUUUUGUUUAAAAUAUAAGAGUUUUGUCAUAAUACAAGGUUUCAGUAACCACAUGGGUUUAAAGUUUUAAAUAUAUACUUAGACAUUCAUUAUAACACAGGUUCUAUGUGAAAUCACUUUUCCAAUACACCAGAGGGCAUAUUUAUUGGAGACUUUUUGUUCAACAACAUUUAGUCUUUAAAUGAGAGUUGGACAGUUGGGUCUUAAAACAUUUAUUUGUAAAAUGAGUUAUGUAUAAAUGUAAAGAACUGUAAUUUAAUGUAUUUACCACAUUGAUGAUACUAAUUAUUUACUAGUCACACUGAUUUUUAUGUUAAUAACUGUGGAAUUUAAAGUGUAGCUAUUGGUGUAAUCAUCUAAUACUACAUGUCUCAAAUGCCACUGAAUUCCAUGUCUAAUGACUACAUAUUUGGGCAUAUAUCCUGCUGGGUUAGAAUAAAUAAAAUUCAUUUUCAAGGAUUCUAUUUGAAAAUUUAAAUCAAAGUAAUUAAUUUUAUCCCCUUAGUGAUAAAUCUUUGCUAUUCAAUAAAAGGAAAUGUCUUUACUUAACACAUA